CUCUCUUUUUCAAAAGCCUUAAAAUCUUUCUUCCCACUCUCACUUCUCAACAUUAUUAACUUCACUAAACUUCCUAUAAUUUUCAGUCCAACCCCAAAAGAAAAAGAGAAAAUUACAUUCUCAAGAACACAAAACAAGAAAAGGAAAAAAAAAAAAUCAAAAUGGUCAGGAAAAUGAAACUCCCAUUCCUAAACAAGAACAACACUAGUUCAACUUCUUCAUUCUCUUCAAGUUCAUCUUCUUCUUCUUCUUCAUGGCCAUGGCCAUCUUGUCAUCAACAAAGCCCUAAAACGAAAUCUUCGAGAGCUUCCGUCAUCGUUAACAAACCUAAACAUGUGGACGAACCCGAGCCACCACCGAGAAGCUUCUCCUCCUCAUCGUCCUACUCGUCCUUCUCCUCCACCAGUCACGUCAUGGGACAUCCGCCGGAGAUAGAGACUAUAGAGAAUGUGAUUAAAGGGCUAAAAUCAUCGAAAAGACUCAUCUUCGAUCAGAGAGGAACAUCGAACUCUAUACUUGAAGACACUACCAAGAGAGAAGAUCAUGAAGACGAAGAAGGCUUCAUGCUCUUGUCCUUGGAAUCAAACGAUCCUUAUUCUGAUUUCAAGAACUCAAUGGAAAAGAUGGUUGAAGCAAACGCGCUUCAUCAGGAUUGGAAAAGCCUCGAGAAGCUUCUCUUUUGGUUCUUGAAAGUGAACGCCAAGACCAGCCAUAAAUACAUCUUCACCGCCUUCGUCGAUUUGGUCUUAAACUUUGCAGUAGGAGGACCUUCUAAAGAUGUCACUGGAGGAGAACCUAGUUCCGACGUCGUUAUCGAGGAUUCUCUUUCAUCGUCGUGGCCAAUCUCGUUGUACACGUCGUACUCGUCCUCCGAUGAGACCUCGUCGACGCCCGUACGGAUAUUGACGGAGACUUCGAUAGGCGAGGAGAGUAGGUGUGUUUGUAGUCUAUCGUCGUUGUUUGAGUUAGAUGAGAAGAUGAAUGCAAAUGGUUAUGUAUCUUCUUAAUAAUUCCUACAUUUGAUAACCUAUGCGAUAAUGGAUUGAUUACUCUCACUUCUUCCUUUUUUCUUUCUUUCGGAUUUGAUGUUAUGGAAGUAACCAUGAUUACACGUGUACAUCUUUGUAGCACGUGCCACAUGCAUCUUUUUUUAUUUUAUUUUAUGCAGAUGAUUAA